AUGAGAACUAACGCCCUUGUUCUCCUGGCGGGCAUUGCCCGUCAGGCCCUCGCAGCUACUGUCACAGGAGCUGCUGAAGGUUUUGCCAAAGGCGUCACAGGCGGUGGCACCGCCACGCCUGUCUACCCCACAACCACGGCCGAGCUCGUCAGCUAUCUGGGCGACAGUACGGCCCGGGUCAUUGUCAUCGAGGGCACCUUCGACUUCACGGGCUCUGAGGGCACCACAACGUCGACAGGCUGCGCCCCCUGGGGUACUGCGGCGGCUUGCCAGGUCGCCAUCAACCAAAACGACUGGUGCACCAACUACGAGCCCGAUGCCCCUUCUGUGGCGGUCAGCUAUGACAACGCCGGCGUGUUGGGCAUCACGGUCAACAGCAACAAGUCCCUUGUUGGCAAGGGUGGUGCUACCAUCAAGGGCAAGGGUAUCCGCAUGGUCGGCGUGUCCAACGUCAUCAUCCAGAACGUUGCCUUCACUGAUAUUAACCCUCGCUAUGUCUGGGGUGGUGAUGCCAUUACCCUGGAUGGUACCGACCUGAUCUGGAUCGACCACGUCACUACUUCUCUCAUUGGCCGUCAGCACAUCGUCCUCGGAACUUCAGCUUCCCAGCGUGUGACCAUCUCGAACUGUUACUUUGACGGCGUCUCUACCUACUCUGCCACGUGCGAUGGCCACCACUACUGGGGCAUGUACUUUGAUGGCUCUUCGGACCUGGUUACCUUCAAGAACAACUACAUCUACCACAUGAGCGGCCGUUCUCCCAAGGUGGCUGGCAACACCCUCCUCCACGCCGUCAACAACUACUGGUACGACUACACCUCUACUGGCCACGCCUUCGAGGUCGGCUCGGGUGCCAUGGUUCUGGCCGAGGGCAACGUCUUCCAGAACGUCCCCGUGGAGGUCGACACCGCGAGCGGCCAGUUUGCGGGUCAGAUGUUCUCGGUGCCCACCACCAGCUCCGCCUCCUCCUGCGCCGCCUCCCUGGGCCGUAACUGUGUCGUCAACAUCUUUGGCACCAGCGGCACCAUGAGCUACACCACCACCUCGUUCCUGACCAACUUUGCCGGCAAGAACAUUGCUGCGGCCGCUGCGGCUACCAGCGCCAUGGAGACCACCAUCCCGGCCAACGCUGGCAACGUGCUGUAA